AUGCGAUUCUACGAGAAACCGCUACCUGAUACCGAUGAGGUGGUGAUGUGCCAGGUGCGGCAGAUUGCCGAGAUGGGCGCGUACGUGAAGCUGUUGGAGUACGACAAUGCAGAGGGUAUGAUUUUGCUCUCGGAGCUGAGUCGUCGUCGUAUUCGUAGUAUCCAGAAGCUCAUUCGCGUCGGCCGCAACGAGGUCGUAGUCGUGCUCCGUGUCGACAAAGAGAAGGGUUAUAUCGACUUGUCCAAGCGCCGUGUGUCGCCAGAGGAUGUGAUCAAGUGCGAGGAGCGCUACAGCAAGUCGCGUGCCGUGAACAGCAUCGUGUCACACGUUGCGCACAAGCUCGACCGACCCGUGGAAGAGCUCUACGAAAAGAUUGUGUGGCCUCUGGACCGCACGUAUGGCCAUUCCUACGAUGCAUUCAAGCUGGCUGUCACAGAACCUGCCAAGGUGUUUGAAGGCAUCGAGAUUGACGAAGAGGUCAUGAAGGAGCUGCAGGCGAACAUUGCACGCCGUCUGACUCCGCAGCCUGUGAAGAUCCGCGCUGAUGUGGAAGUCUCAUGCUUCGGCUACGAGGGCAUUGACGCUGUCAAGGAGGCCCUGCGUGCUGGUGAGGCCGUGUCGACAGAGAACAUUCCUAUCAAGAUCAAGCUGGUGGCGCCGCCGCUUUACGUGCUGGUUACCCACUCGACAGACAAGGCGGGUGGUAUUGCCCUGAUGGAGCAGGCGCUGGAGAAGAUCACGGAGACGAUUGAAAAGAGCGAGGGUCGCGUCGUCGUGAAGAUGAAGCCCAAGGCCGUCUCGGCAGUGGAAGACGAGGAGCUCGCGCAGCUCAUGGCGCGUGUCGAGCGCGAAAACACAGAGGUGCAAGGCGACGACGACUCGGAAGAGGACGAGUAA